GUGUGUGUGGGUGUUUUGGUCUGCAGAGAACAUCAAUCAGCAUAGAGGACCCCUGACCUUUAACCUGACACCUCAUCAGCCAUUGGCAGCAAGACGCCAGCCUAUUACUACAGCGCUAAAAGCUGCUCUGUCAUGUGUGGUGGUGCAAACAUCUGAUCCCAGAGAGAGCUGAGAACACAAAUGUAAAAGGAAACAGGUGAUGAAGCGUCUUUUUCUGUCUUUCUACUCACUGUUCGUCUCUCAGAAGAGGAGAACCUGAACGUGUGUGCAGAAAAACGGAGAAACUGAGAGCUGGAACAUGACAGAACGACACGGGAGAAACAACUGGCUUUGACAAAGAUCACAGCUGUACAGAGACGCCCAUGUGAGCAGCAGCAGCAGCAGCAGGAGAAUUUCAUCGUCUCUGUUCCAGCGUUCGGCCGCGGCUCCGGAGACGGUGAUGUGAGAAGAUGUCGGUGGGAGGCUGCACGUGUCCCGGCUGUUCCUCCAAGUCGUUCAAGCUGUACUCCCCAAAGGAGCCCCCCAACGGAGGCGCUUUCCCCCCCUUCCACCCCGGCACCAUGCUGGACAGAGACGUGGGCCCGACGCCCAUGUAUCCCCCCACAUACCUGGAGCCGGGCAUCGGGAGACACACACCUUAUGGGAAUCAGACAGACUACAGGAUAUUUGAACUCAACAAACGACUUCAGAACUGGACAGAGGAGUGUGAUAAUCUGUGGUGGGACGCUUUCACUACUGAAUUCUUUGAGGAUGACGCUAUGCUCACCAUCACGUUUUGUCUGGAGGACGGUCCUAAACGAUACACAAUCGGCCGGACGCUGAUUCCUCGUUACUUCAGGAGUGUGUUUGAAGGUGGCGCCACUGAGCUCUACUACAUUCUCAAACACCCUAAAGAGUCCUUCCACAGCAACUUUGUGUCUCUGGACUGUGAUCAGUGUACGAUGGUCACGCAGAACGGCAAACCCAUGUUCACACAGGUGUGUGUGGAGGGCCGUCUGUACCUGGAGUUCAUGUUCGAUGACAUGAUGAGAAUAAAGACGUGGCAUUUCAGCAUCCGGCAGCACAGGGAGCUCAUUCCCCGCAGCAUCCUGGCCAUGCAUGCUCAGGACCCGCAGAUGUUGGAUCAGCUGUCCAAAAACAUCACCAGAUGUGGCCUGUCAAACUCCACCCUCAACUACCUCCGAGUACGAACACCACAACACAACACUGUGACGUCAUCUACAACAUUCAUUCAGCUGAUUAGUAACUAGGGCUGUCAAUUCAACACGUUAAUUUGGUGUGAUUAAUUAUGGAAAAAAUAAUGUGUUAAAAUAAUAUAUUAUUAUAUUAUAUCAUAUGAUAUACUUUAGCAAUCCCACACCAGCAAGAGUGCUGCUUCUCCACAAUAUCUGCACCAUUGCAAAUGUGAUACUGAUUUUAUACAAGAGUUCAGUAAUGUUGUGUUUGCUCAAUAUUGCAAACGAAAACAGUUCCAAUCAAAGUCACAGCAGAACGUUUAGCAUCUCUGAUCAGCACACAGCAGUGAUUUGUCA